CUGAUGAUCAUGCAAACGGCGUCAGGAGACCCGAAACGGACAACGAUGAUGGAAUCGCCUUACACGUAGAGCCUGGUGUAUUUUUAGCGCACGCUCCUCUCCGUUUUUUUUUUUUUUUUUUUUUUUUUUAAAUUUUUUAAAAAAAAAUAUUUAUUUAUUUAUUUAUUUAUUUAUUAUUUUUUUAAUUUACAAUCUGAUGUGCAUGUUUCAUGUGUUUCAUUUGCUUUUAUUUGCAUAUACGCGUCUUUCCUCUAUUGCCGCUUAGACUGAGAGAAAGUCCAUCAUCCUCAUCAUCAGCAGCACGAACAACAACAACAACAACAACAACAAAAACAGUAAAACAACAACAACAAAACGGACUCCGCACAUGAUGGACGAGGAGAAGAUGACGAAAAGCGAGGAGGCUCACCUGAGUUUGCAGAAAGCCCUGCAGCAGUGUGAGCUGGUGCAGAACAUGAUCGACAUCAGCAUCUCCAGCCUGGAGGGGCUCAGGACCAAAUGUGCCACAUCCAACGACCUGACGCAAAAAGAAAUCCGCACGCUCGAGGGUAAGCUGGUGAAGUACUUUAGCCGGCAGCUCUCCUACAAACAUAAAGUGCCCUUACAGGAGCGGAAUGUGGAGCUGGACGGCUUUCCUCGUCUCACACACUGGCUCCGCAUCGUCAACAUGAGGAAGGAGGUCACAGAGGAGAUCUCUCCGGGUGAGCUGACUCUUGAGUCGCUCUUAGACAUGCCGGAUGAAGAGGUGUGUGAGACGCUGCAGAAGUUUGGAGCAAGUGAGGACGAGUGUGCUCGCUUGAACGCCUCCCUCACCUGCCUUCGCUCCGCCCACAAAUCAGAACAACUCGAGGACGACAAAUUGCACAGUAAUGGAGGACUUGGCAGCACUCAGCCUAAGCAGGACUGGUCCAUCCAGUGGCCAACGUCUGAGUCGGGGAAAGAGAACACACCGGCCGGUACCCCCGAACUCGGGCAGUGGGUGCGACUGCAGCUCUCGCAGAGCCCAAAGCCACAGUCGCGCUACACCCACACUCUGUGCCACAGCCCUCAGGCCCUGGCUCCUCCGACCUUCUACCCGCAAGCCGAGCGGCUGUGUGUGGACAUCUACCCGGGACUGACAACGCUGGGCAUGCUGGAUGUAGGGCACCGCUCUCUACCCCCAUCUCCCAGGCAGAGGCACUUUCCUCACACUCCCCCGCGCACUCCACUGGUGAUGAACACCAUGACGCCACCAGGCACACCACCACUACGCCGCCGAAACAAGGUGAAGGCACCGGGCACGCCACCACCCGCCAACCGCAAACUCAUCCACCUGCUGCCUGGCUUCAGCGCCCUGCACCGCAGCAAAUCACACGAGUUUCAGCUGGGGAACCGCGUCGACGACGCACACACACCCAGAGCCAAGAAGAAGGCCAAGCCUCUGAACCUGAAGAUCCACAGCAGCGUAGCAGGGAGCUGUGAGAACCUGCCGACUCAGCGAUCUCCUCUCCACUCGGACCACUCGCUCCGCUCGUUUUUCUUCCCAAGCCUUGUGCCCUCUACGCCACCCGUGCAUGCAGAGACGCCCUCCGCCAACACCCUGUCAGUUCCUCGCUGGUCCCCUCAGAUCCCUCGCAGAGACUUGGGGAACUCUAUUAAACACAGAUUUUCCACCAAAUACUGGAUGUCACAGACUUGUAUCGUUUGUGGGAAAGGAAUGCUGUUCGGCUUGAAGUGCAAAACCUGCAAGUUGAAGUGUCACAAUAAAUGUACCAAAGAAGCACCUCCUUGCCAUUUGCUUAUUUACCAUCGAGGAGGUAGGGACUCGUUCAAAGAUCAAGGAACAUCUCAAGCGCGUCAGCUCGUCAGGACCGAGUCGGUGCCGUGUGACAUAAACAACCCCCUCAGGUACACAGACCUGCACAUCAGCCAGACGCUGCCCAAAACCAACAAAAUCAACAAGGACCACAUCCCUGUGCCGUACCAGCCUGACUCCAGCAGUAACCCCUCGUCCACCACUUCCUCGACCCCAUCAUCCCCAGCUCCGCCUCUUCCUCCCAGUGCGACUCCUCCCUCUCCACUUCACCCAUCCCCUCAGAGCGCUAGACAGACCAAACAGCCCAACCUAACAGCAUCUCAUUACUACAAAUACAAGCAGCAGUUCAUCUUCCCGGAUGUGACCCCAGAGGUUCCUAACAGAGCUCCUCAGGUUAUCCUCCAUCCUGUGCUGUCAGAGCCUGGUAACAAAGGCAACCCCCUGCUGCAGAUCGAGGUUGAACCUACUUCAGAUAACGAAGAUGGGAACCAUGAAGCAGAGGACUCAGCCGACGAGUUUGAGGAGAUGAACCUGUCAUUGCUGUCGGCGCGUAACUUCCCGCGCAAGGCGAGCCAGACCAGCAUCUUCCUGCAGGAAUGGGAUAUCCCGCUGGAACAGCUGGAGAUUGGCGAACUGAUCGGGAAGGGCCGCUUCGGGCAGGUCUACCACGGCCGCUGGCAUGGCGAGGUGGCCAUCCGCCUCAUCGACAUCGAGAGAGACAACGAGGAUCAGCUCAAGGCCUUCAAGCGGGAGGUGAUGGCGUACAGGAACACACGUCACGAGAACGUGGUGCUCUUCAUGGGUGCGUGUAUGAGCCCACCGCACCUGGCCAUCAUCACCAGUCUGUGUAAAGGGAGGACUCUGUAUGCCGUUAUACGAGACGCGAAAGUCAUCCUGGAUGUCAACAAGACCAGACAAAUCGCACAGGAGAUGGUUAAGGGCAUGGGCUAUCUGCAUGCCAAAGGCAUUCUUCACAAGGACAUGAAGUCGAAGAACGUCUUCUAUGACAACGGGAAAGUGGUCAUCACAGAUUUUGGACUCUUCACCAUAUCUGGUGUCUUACAAGCAGGCAGUAGGAGAGAGGAUAAGCUGCGGAUCCCGAGCGGCUGGCUCUGCCAUCUUGCUCCCGAGAUCGUCUGCCAGCUCUCUCCGGAGACAGCCGAAGAUCAGCUGCCCUUUUCCAAACAGUCGGACGUCUUUGCCUUUGGGACGAUCUGGUACGAGCUACAUGCACGGGAGUGGCCGUUUAAGAACCAACCGGCUGAGGUGAUCAUAUGGCAAGUGGGCAGCGGCAUGAGACCCAACCUCACUCAGAUCGGCAUGGGCAAAGAGAUAUCGGACAUCCUGCUGUUCUGCUGGGCUCACAAGUCCGACGAGAGACCCAGCUUCUCCAAACUGAUGGAGCUGCUAGAGAAACUGCCCAAGCGCAACCGCCGCCUCUCGCACCCCGGCCACUUCUGGAAAUCAGCUGAGUAUGUAAAAUGA